CUUGGCUUGUGGUCUAUCUGCAGCUCCUGUUUCUCUGAAGGCUUUUAAUUUGAUUUGGAUUGUCCCUUGUACGAGGUAGUGGUCUGAGCCAACGUCUGCUCCUCUUCUUACUUUUGUGUCCAGUAGGCUGCGCCUCCACUUCCUUGAGAUUGAGAUGAAUUCAAUUUGGCUUUUGGUUCACCCAUCUGGUGACACCCAUGUAGCCUUGUGGAUAUCCUUGUGUUUGUAUACGUUGCCACCAAUCACUAGUUCAUUGAAGGCGCAGAAGUCGGCGAAGAGUUCUCCGUUUUCAUUCACUUCUCCGAGAGCUUCUCUACCCAUGAUGAGUUCCCUUCCUGUGUUGUCUGGUCCCAGUUUGGCGUCCAUGUCUCCCAUUAGUAUUUUAAUGUCACCAGCUGGAGUAUUGUCCGUAGUUGUCCGUAGAAUUCUUCUUUUUCUUUUCGAGGUUUGCGCUGUUUGUGGGUGCAUAUGACUGAAUAACUGACACUUUCCUUCCUUUGGAGUUGAAUCUGGCGGUUAUUAUCUUGGGCGAGGUCGCCUCCC